CUUUCGUAGCGGGAGGCCUAUGAAUGAUGAGAGACCAAACUCUAUGGCAGCCAGAGAACUAGGACAGCUUAGACAGAGCCAUCAUCCAGUCUCUAGAUUGAGAGGUUCGCUUUCAGACAGAAAGUAUCGCCAGCGAUCAAUCAGGUUCAGGGGCAUUGUCUACUCAAAACAGUUCUGUUGGGGAUGAUGAGCAUGAUGACAACCAUCAUGUACAGAAUGCAAGUCGCGAGUAUGAGAUCCGGACAAAUCGAUCAAUGGGAGAUGAACCUGACGGUAAUGAUGUUCUGCAAAAUGAUUUUCACCAAGAACAAAUACAGCAAUAUGAAGAGUAUUCAUCAGAUUCGCGGUCCUCAGAGCAGGACAGUGGGCAAUCUGUGUCUACCUCUUCUACUGAAUCUGGCAACGGCGUGCAACACGAAGCUGAUUUGCCAUGGUCAAGGGAUAUUUCUGUCGCUGAGGAUGGACAAGACGACAGCAGCUUCCUAGACAGAGAGGAGGAAUGGCACGUCAUUGAAUCUCAUGAAGAGGAACCACAGUGGCAACUAAGUCCAAGUUUGAAUUCUACCAGGAACAGGUUUAGUAGUCCACCGGAAGAUGAUGAUGUUUAUGGAGUUGAGCUAAGAGAACUCUUAAGCAGGCGAAGUGUGUCAAAUCUUCUUCGUAGCGGCUUCCGUCAAAGCCUGGACCAGCUCAUUCAGUCUUACGUUGAGAGGCAAGAACAUGAUUGGGAUUUCCAAGGGCAGAGACCAAGCACUAGUGGUGUAAUACUGAACGAAGAUCCUAUUGAAAUCAGGAUGGACGAACCAGCAGUUCGGGAUGAGAGACCCCAGGCUUGGACGACUGGGCUAUCUGAUGAGGCACUCUUCCCAUCACAGCAACGCCAACGUGAAUGGCAGAUUGAUAACUGGAGCCAACAAGCCAUGCAUCGCUCCGAAUUCCAGGACUGGGACGCCGUGAAUGUUUUGCGAGAUGAGGUGAGUGGAGUGCAGAGAGGGAUGAGCAGCAUGCAGCAGAUGCUGGAAGCGUGCAUGGAGAUGCAGAUCGAGUUGCAGCGCUCCAUCAAACAAGAAGUUUCUGCUGCUCUGAACCGAUCGUUAGCCAUGCCAGCAGAUGAGGAAACGUUAGAGGAGGAUGGGUCACAGUGGAAGCUCGCAAGGAAAGGGACCUGCUGCAUCUGCUGUGAUAACCAGAUUGACUCGCUCCUGUACAGAUGUGGGCAUAUGUGCACCUGCUCAAAGUGCGCAGGGGAGUUGCUCCACGGGGUCGGCAAAUGCCCGCUCUGCCGUGCGCCUAUAGUUGAGGUCAUCCGAGCCUACUGCAUCAUGUAACUGCAGGACGAUGUAUAGUAGAGGAGGUUAAUUCUUGACACUCUCCGGAUGGAGGCUUUCACUUCAGUUUUUGAGUUUUAUUACUGCAGUAGCUGCAAGCAGCAGCUGUAUCUUUGGGUGGAUGGUGGGCUAGAAGAUCUGAAACCUGUACUGUGCGAUAUUGUUUCUGUAGCUAGCCUCCAUGCUAAUGUACUGCGCUCCUGUCCUGUGGAGACUUGUAAUCCAGUAGCCGUGUAAUA